AUGGCCACAGAAGAGCUCUCCAGGUUCCAGAGUCUGCUCCCACUGCCGCAACGGUGUAUUGUUCUUGUAGUGGGUGGGCUUUGGCUCUGGUAUUGGCAAGUGUCCAUCUUGGUCAGAGUCUAUCACAUCGACAUAUCGCAAUUGGUACUUUCGCAUGACCCUGCAGAGUUCACUCCACGUCCAUCAGCAUCGAGACUGGUCGAGUCUACUCACCGUGCGGUUGCUCAGGUCACAAAAAUAAUCGUGCCCUGGCACAUACUGACAUGCGUUCUUCUGCAGCAAUGCAAUGCAGACCAAAAAUACGCUCCAGAGACGUGGAUGGUGUGUUUUUUGAACAUUCAGCCAGUAUGCCAACUCAUCACUAUUUUUGCUGUGCUCUUUUCGAACUCUCCAAUGCUGGUUCGUUGUUUCAAAAAGAUCCUGUGUCUCGGCAACAUCGAGCCCAAACCUCUCAGAAAUAACUACAUUCUGAUCACGGACUCAUUGACCUCAUACGGCAAGCCGCUCAUUGACUUUGGUCUUUAUUUCUGCCAUCUAAUGGAGAAUCCUCUAAAUGAAAGAUGCAUCGUGACCCGCAGCUCUUUGGGCUUGUCCAUCAAUCUAGACCUUAUGAUCGGCAUCUCACCUGUCAUGCUUCGUCUCCUGCAAUGCCUGCGUGAAUGGAAAAGAUCAAACUCUUCGAAAGAGGCCCUCAAUGCGCUUUUCAACGCUUUCAAAUACUCGUUGUCUUUGCCGCUACUCAUGUGCACUGUUUACUCAAGAGCGUACCCUGGCGAAAAACCAGAAAAUUUGAUCUACUGGUUCAUGCUACUGAGUUCACUUUACGGGUUUUGGUGGGACUUGACAAUGGACUGGAAUUUGGGCAUUUUCAAUUUUAGUUCUCCUGGCAUGGAACGUAACGAGUUACUGAGAAGUCGCAGGAUCUAUCCUAAAUUUGCGUAUUACGUGGCCAUGGUCGUGGAUUUUACUCUUCGGUUUAUAUGGUUUUGGGAGCUUACAAGUGGCGCCAGUGUGUUUGAAGGUGAGGUAAACAUCUUUUUUCUGCAAGCGCUCGAGCUUGUAAGAAGGUGGGUGUGGAUAUUCUUCAAAUUAGAGGCUGAAGCUACCAGCGCUGAAGGUUUGGAGAAGGCUCAAGAAUAA